AUGGGACAUUUGAAUGUCUGUGACGAUGGCGAGGGGGGGCACGCUAACCGGAGCCGCGGGCGCGUCCGCUUGCAGCAAGUGCACGCCAUCAUCUCGGCGUCCAGCUCGGUGAAGAGCUCGAGGAAGCUGCGCCGGGUGCUGGAGGUGAUCCUGGCGUUCGGCAACUACCUGAACAGCAGCAAGCGCGGGCCCGCGUACGGCUUCAAGCUGCAGAGCCUCGACACGCUGCUGGACACCAAGAGCACGGACAAGCGCAUCUGCCUGCUGCACUACAUCGCCGACACGGUGCGGCGCAAGUUCCCCGACCUGCUGGCCUUCGAGUCGGAGCUGCUCCACAUCGACAAGGCCGCCGUCGUGUCGCUGGAGAACAUAAUGACGGACGUCCAGGAGCUGGAGAAGGGGAUGGACACCGUCCGCAAGGAGGCGGAGCUGCGCGGGAAGGAGCGCCACAACGUGGUGCUGCGCGACUUCCUCGCCAACUCGGAGGAGAAGCUGCGCAAGCUGCGCACGGACGCUCGCAGCGCGCAGGACGCCUUCCGGGAGUGCGUGGAGUACUUCGGGGAGUCGCCGCGCACCGUCGACGCCAACACCUUCUUCUCCCUCCUCGUCCGUUUCACCCGCACGUUCAAGGUGGCGGACCAAGAGAACGAGCAGCGUCGCCGGCUGGAGCAGGCGGCGCUCGACGCCGCGCACAGGCCCAGCGAGGAGGUGGUGAAGCGCAACAAGCUGAACCAGAAGAAGCAGCAGGAGGCGGUCAUCAACGAGCUCAAGUGCAAGACGCGCCUGGUGCAGGAGAAGAAGCUGCUGCAGCAGGACGAGGUCUACAACGGCGCGCUGGAGGACAUCCUGCUGGGGCUGAAGAGCGAACCGUACCGGCGGGCGGACGCCGUCAGGCGCAGCCAGCGCCGGCGCAUAGACAACAACCGCCUGUCCCGCACCGCGGAGGAGCUCGAGUUGUAGCAGCCGUGCGCCGUGCUCGUGCACUAGGCCCGUCCAUGCCGGGGGCAGGCGCGAGCGCGAGGAACGCCGACGGUAGACCGCCGGACGUCCCCGCCGAUCCGGACGUCCGAACGCCAGCUUCCGGGGCAGGUGCGAACGCGAGGAACGCCGACGGUAGACGCCGGACGUCCCCGCCGAUCCGGACGUCCGAACGCCAGCUUCCGGGGACAAACGUGACAGGAACUUUCAAACUGAACACAGUUUCCCAUCUCUCAAGUUUUUUUUGUUGGUCUAGUUCCGAUGCGAAAACCAAAAAAAUGCACGGGUGGCGAACUCGCGUGAUGUGAUUUAUUGUCUCCACCUUUUACAAAAUUUUUUUUUUUUUUUUUUUUUUUUUUUUACCAGCAAUGCACGGCAGUUUUUCCGAACUUCGUGGCCAGAAGACUACUAUGAUUAAGAUGCACAAAGAGGUUUUUUUUUCCCGUUAAAAUUUUUUAGUUCGAUUCGUUCAUGUACUGCAGAAUGAAGGUGAUUUCUGGCACUGUAGUCUAUUUUUGAAAAUUGAGAAAAAUGUUAUUUUGUUCCUAUGAAAGUAUAAUUCUUACUUAACUAGAUUGGUUUAGGUUUAUUAUGGUUGGAAUAUACCACCCAAAACCUAGUUUUAAAUCACAGUUACCAAGUACUAUAAUUUUUUUUCUUCUUUUCUACUGCGUUUAAGUAUCUUUUUGUAUAUUUUUGUAUGAACAUUAAAAUUUACGUAAUGUUAAAUUUGCAUUUUAUUUUGAAUUUCUUAAUUAUAUUCUCUAUGUAUUUCUUAUAGUGUUCUUGGUCUGUAUAUACAAAACUGUACAGAAUGAAGCACAUAUUAUUAGUUUUGGUGACUUACGAAAUUGUUGCGUUUGUAUAGCAAAGUCACCAAAAAAGGCAUGCCCAUUUUUCUACUUUAUUGCAGCAUUUGUUAUUACUGUUGUUUAUAAAAAAUUUGUAUACUUCAUGGCACAACCAAAUUUUUACUUAAAAUUUUUAGAAAAAAUUUGAAAAUAAGACUGACAAUUUUUUAUCAGAGAAUGUUUUGUACAUAAUUUUAUACUACGAGAUAACUCUCUUAGAAUUUUCAUUCCAGUAAUUAUGUGUUUUUUACUAUAAUGUAUAUGUCAUUUGAUGUAAGAAACAAUUUUUUAUGUCUAUUCAUCCAUCAUUGCAUUUAAUAUGUAACAUAGAAUUACAACUAGUUACGAAAAUUUCAAUUGUUGAUGGUAAUCAUAAAUCAUGUUGUGAAAAUUGUUUUCUAAUGGGAUUUCUUAAAAUAUGUUACUUGUGUGUAUUUGGAUGUGAAACAUUUUUCACCAUAUUUUAAAUUCCUUGUGGAGUCUUCAAUAUUUGUAGUUUCUGAUAACUUGCAUAUAACACCACGGGGUUCUUGUAUUUAACCUUUGUAUUAGGCAAAGUUAUACAUUGAUGGUACAAAACAUGUUAAAAUCAUAGAUUUAUUUUACAAACAACAAACUUUUCUGCAAUUUCUUUGGCAACAAACAUUUUAAAGUACAAAAAUUCGGUUUUUAGUUUCAAAAACAUUUUUAUUUCUGUAGUGAAUAGUUUUGUCGUCACUUCUUAAGUGGUAAUUACUAGGGACAAUAUUAUUUGGUGAAUUGCGAUAAAAAACCAAAAUAACACCAAAAUGGAAGUCAAUACACCAUUUAGCACAAAAUGUAACUAAAAACAUUAAUUUUAUCAGCAGUUGGAUAAAACUUAACUUAAAUUUCAAAAAAAAUUAGUUAAAUUUUUAGGAAUUAUGUACCAAAUUGUAACUAAAUGAUUUGGAAAAAAUUAAUAUUGUGUAGUUUGAUCUUGCAUUUCUUAUUACUUAUCAUUAAUGUGUUUUUUCAUAAAUGACGUUGCCACAUUUUUCAAGCAAACUAAAUUUCCUGAUUUAUAUUUAUUUUUCUGAGUACUUUUAAAAUUGCUUAUUACUAAUUAUUUUUAUUGCAUGAGUGCAUCAUGUGUUAUUCAAUAUGAAUCUUUUGGUGAAAUAAGAUUUGGAAAUAUUUAAGUAUGUGUUGAAUAAUACCAUUUUCAUGAAUAAAGCUAAUAUAUGACUAUAAAAAUAAUAUAACGAAAUCUGCCUAUUUUAAAAAUGAAAUUGCCUAAAAUUAAACCAGAAAAUCUGUCCGUAAUUAUUACCGAUCACGUGAUGAUAUUAGGCUUCUGCAGAUACAGUUUUUUUUCCCCCCCUCAUUGAAAUCAAAUUUAAAUUGAAUAUAACAAUAUUCACAAAGACCAAACAUUUUUUUCUAAUUUGAUUUUAACAUACAGUGAAAUUUUUUUUUUUUCACACUUCACAUGAGUCCAAGAAAAAUUGAUCCACAAUAUGGUAAAAUAAAAAAGAGAGUACCUAAUUAUAUGAGUGUAAAAUAAGAAGGAAUUAUAAAAAUAUAACCUGGCAAAUGCAUUUUCUUAAAAAAGUAAAUUUUAUGCUUGAAAGUUGUUUUGUUGAUCUGUUACUUACAUAAAAUAGAAUAUUAUUAAUAUUUUUAAAUCGUAAUCAUUGAUUAUUUGUUAAAUAUUAAACAAUGAGUGAAUAAUGUUGCAGUACAAAUCUAAUUUUUUCAAAUAAUCAUAUUACAAAUUUCCUUUUUUCACUAAUUUUUUUGGUGUUUGUGUCCGACAUGGUAAAGACCUAUCUAUUGGUAACAAAUAAUUUGGAGAAAAAAAAUAUUGAAUAUCAAAUUAUUCUUGAAUAUUGAAUAUCAAAUUAUUGACGAAUAUUGAAUAUUUUUUGAGUACUUAUAGAACCCUAAAUAAAAUUAACAAAGAGAAAUUCUUUGACACUUCUGAUAAAACGUUCAGUGCUGGCCAAUCACAUCACAGUGAACUGCUUAUACUUAGUCCAUUCCAAUUUAUAUUUGUGUGCCGCAUGUGAAACUGCUGUCACAAUGAUUGUUUUGUACCUUCAUUACAAAGAUAAUCUAACAUUUUGCAGGCAAGUCAACCACACAAUCUAGAUUUCGUAAUUUGUUUUGCUUUAGUUACUCAUCAUGUAUGCAUGUAAGAGUUUCUUUAUUUCAGGUGUUGAACAAAAAUGCUCUGCAGUUGUACCUGGCAUUCAGUUUUGCAUAUGUUUAGGUAACAUUGUCUGUGUAUUUCUUCUUGUUUUGAAUCAGUUAGCUUACAAGACCAUUUAAUCAGUGGGGAUGUUGAAAUUCUGCUGCUGGUUGUGUAAGAUAGUGCAAUGAUUUGCAAUUAAAAAUACAAGCUUUAUAAUAUUAAAAUAGAGUAUUAUGUUAUCUCAUAGCUCUAAUACAUAGGAUAAAUCUCUGAAUAGCAUGGUUAUAUUACAAAAAAAAAUUUAACUGUUAGUUCAAGUUUCAUGUUUAUUUAAUGGUUCCUGCAGCUCAUAUUCACUUAUUUAAAAACUUAUUUAAAUCAACUGCCACUAAAAAGAAGUAAAUACUGCCCGUAAACAGUAAAUAAAUUAACGCAUUGUAAGGUACUUACUCAUAACUGGACUGGUAGAAAAUCAUUUAAGUCUUAUGUGAUAGCAACAAGCUAACAUGAAAAAAUACUUGAAGAACAAGGAAUAAAUGUAGCUGAUUAAAAGCCCUAAAGAAAAUAAACCAGUUUUUGUGCAUUUGAUUGGAAAUUAAUACAUUGUUUAUGUUAAGGUUUGAAUGUUUACUUUGUUGUUAAUUUUCAAUUUGCAAAGAAUCCUACAUCAUGUGAUGCUAUAGGUCAUUCUUGGUUUGUUGUAGAACGUAAGAUUUAUUUUUGAAAAAAAAAAAAAAAGUGUUUUGUGUGAGGAUUGUUUUAUGUGCAUCCUUUCCUUGCCAUUUCCACCUCGUACCCCGCUUAUUUUCCUCUUUUUCAAGACAAAAUGCAUUCCAUUGUUUAGCGACAAGAGUUCCAUAUUCUCAGUGAUGCUUCCAUUCUCUGAAGAUGCACAACGAAAAGCACUAUUUAAAAAUUAAAAGUGAUUUUUCUCACGAACAAGCAUUCCAUUUAUCUGCAUUUUAUUGUGUAGUGUCUGCUCUGUGUUAUGUCUCCUGUAUCAUGUUUGUGUAAGCUCUGUAAGGAAGGUUUACAGUGAUAUGUGUGGCACUUGAGAGUAACUGUUUGUAUUGAUGUUACAAUAACAUGUUCUGAAAGGUCUGCUUGAAAUCUCAGUGCUGAAAUUUUGUCCUGCCAACAAAAUUACAUGAUUCCCUUUAAAAAUGUUAUUUUCUUGUUUGUUUUUUUUUUUUUUUUUUGACAUUUGUGUAUGGCUUUUUAAUUUUUUUAAUUAUCACGAGAAGGCCUAGCUCAAAAAAGCCUUCACUCUAGCUACACUAAUGUGAGUACUGCAUUAUGUGUGUUUAUUGUGUCUGGUACAUAUCGAUAUAACAUUACGCACAGUUAUGCUUCUUCCAUAUUUUCUAUUCAUUUAUACAAGUAUUACAUUGUGCACUGUUACGAUAAUGGGUGGCUUGUCCCAGGCUAGAAACUAUAAAUGGUUGGAACACACAUAAAAACAUUCAGGUUCAGUAUGGGAAGAAUGAAGUAAGUUAAGUAUAAAACAAUAAAAGAAAAGUGAAGGAAGAUGUUUUCUUAUUCAAAUAAUUCUUAAAAUAACAUGUGGAAUUAGUAAAUACAAACUGUUUUCUAGUUCAUGCUUUUAAUUCAGUGGUGUAUAUUAAAUUGCAAACUUGGUAAUUUAUAAUUUUUUUCACUCGCUGGCACUUUGUGUCAUAAUAAAUUAUAUGUGUUAAGAACUUAUGAAAAAUUUAAAUGUUGGCUAAUUUAUUCCUUGCCUUCAGAAUUUCAGCCACCCAUUGGCACAAGUGUAUAAUAUUAUAGUAGUAAUAAUUUGUAUAAAUUUAUUACUUUUUUAAAAGUAAUGGUAACAUGUUUUUAUAUUUGUAGAAAAAAAAAAUUGUAAAUAGGAUACCAUCCAAUUUUUUUUAAAAAAGAAGAAUUCUAUAUUAUAUGAAAGAUCAAUAAUUUGUAUAUUUAUGAUAAAAUUGUUUGUUACCCAGGAAUCUUAUAUUGAACAAUGUAAAUAUGGCAAAUGCAUUUUUAUAUUGCUGUGUUGAUAUAUUUUUUAUGGACUGCUAUAGUAGGUUCUUUGUACAGUGUAUGUAUGUGACGGCAAGUAUUGGUCUGAAGUCUUAGAGCUUAGUUUGGCUGCAAUGUAGCUUUGCAUUAAGCUUGUUUUUGUCCUUAGCUUCAGGUUCACUAAAGUAUUAAUAGCUCA